ACUCACCCAUUCCCUCCACUGUGCAUCAGCAUCUCUACCAGAAAGUGAACGAAAUGGCUUCCGUCCACCUCCUCCCGCUCGUCGUCGUCGUCCUCCUCGCGGCCGCUGCCGACGCGGCCACCUUCACCGUGAGCAACAACUGCCCGUACACCGUGUGGGCGGCGGCUGUGCCGGGCGGCGGGAAGCAGCUGGACAACGGGCAGACGUGGAGCAUCGACGUGCCGGCGGGGACAACGGGCGGCCGCGUGUGGGCGCGCACGGGCUGCUCCUUCGACGGCAGCGGCAACGGGCGGUGCCAGACGGGGGACUGCGGCGGCGUGCUGCGGUGCACGCAGUACGGGCAGCCGCCCAACACGCUGGCCGAGUUCGGGCUGAACCAGUUCCAAGGGCAGGACUUCAUCGACAUCUCCCUGGUGGACGGCUUCAACGUGCCCAUGGACUUCCUGCCCGCCGGCGGCGGCUCCGGGUGCCCCAAGGGCGGGCCACGGUGCGACGCCGAUGUCACGGCGCAGUGCCCCGCCGCGCUGCGGGCCCCCGGCGGCUGCGACAACCCGUGCACCGUGUUUAAGACCGACGAGUACUGCUGCACCGGCUCGGCGGCCAACAGCUGCGGGCCGACGGACUACUCCAGGUUCUUCAAGGGGCUGUGCCCGGACGCCUACAGCUACCCCAAGGACGACGACACCAGCACCUACACUUGCCCCGGCGGCACCAAUUACAACGUCGUCUUCUGCCCAUGAUUCCAUGCAUGAGCUCGGUCCAGCUGAACGUACGUAGUUGACCAACGAGACGUGAAAAAAAUAUAAACUAGCACAAAUGAAUAAGUUUAUAUAUGAAUAACUUGGAGUUGCAAGAACAAUUGAUACACCAUGCAUGCUCCACGUAGCAUGACAUAUGGGAUGUACACGCGAGUACGUCGGGCAUUUCUAUAUGUAUCCUUUCCAUUGUUCUUGGAUUGAAGGUUGACAACUGAAUUUUGUGCAACUAGGCGUAUGGCCCGCGCAUUUGUGCGGCUAGUAUUAAAAAUUCAAAAAUUUGCA